AUGGAGAAGAAUUCGGGAGGUUGGGAUUCAGGAAUGAUGUUUGAAACCCUAAGACAAAGAGGUUGGUGUUUGGAAGACACAUACGAAUUGAAGGCCAUCAUCGACUUCCAAUCCGCACUCGCCGAUGACCCUUCCAAAUUCCUACAAUCUGUCGAGUCAGAACUCCUCAAUUCGGACCUUCGAUCUAUUGGCGCCAAGUCAUUACCCCAACCCUCUCUUCUUCGCAAUGCUUCCACUUUUCUUCACGGUCCAAAAAUAACUUCAGUGAGGGACAUAUCUAAAAGCCGCGUAGAUGAGUUUUUGAGGAAUUCAGGUGGUCGGAGAGUUCUCAGAUUGUGUCUCACUGAUGGUCACUCCGAAAUAACUUCUGUGGAAUAUUCACACGUUCCUUCUAUACCAGACAACGUUGUUCCGGGUACUAAGGACUUUGUCUUGAUUGGUGAUCUGGCUUUCUGCAAUUAUAGAAUGUGGCAUGCUUGUACCUUAAUCCGUUUGGAAAAUAAAGUUGCAGUUCACAGUGGAAUUGUUUGCUUAAAUCCUAAUGUAUUGACUGUAUUAGGAGGUGUUGUUCAAUCACUCUACGAUGAAUGGGAGAUGAAUAAAAAAUAUUCAGGAUUCUCCCGAUCGUCCUUAAGAAAGCUAGAGAAUCGGGAUACAGGUGGCCCUCCACAGUUUGUGAAGUUGCAGGUUGGAUCAUCCUCAGGUAUUACAGAUUAUAACUCUAGUAGAAAUCGUAAGCCAAUUGCUGUGGCCGGUGAAGCUGAGAUGAGACCAACAGGUGUUGCAGAUUAUAACUCUAAUAGAAAUCGUAAGCCAAUUUCUGCUGUUCGUACAGCUGAGAUGAGACAAACUGAUAUCCAGCAAGACCCCAAUCAGAAAGCAGAUAUUUUGGAUGUAAAUCUAGAAUCCAAUCCACCUCAACCGAGACCUCAAGACAAGGCUAGUAGUUCAGGCACAAGGCCAAAAGAAGUUGUGGAAUCUGUUCCUGUGCAAAAUCAAGCAGCUGCCCAAAAAUUACUUCAGAAGCUGAAUCAACUAAGUCAGAAUGAUCGACAUGGUAGGGGUUGGAAACAUAGGGGCAAGGGGAAACAAGAAGACCCAGUUGUAUUCACUCUCGAAGAAUAUGAAAACAGAAAGGCCCAAAUAAGGCCUAGUAAUAUAGACAAGGAUCAAUACAUCAGUCAUGAUGAAGAUCUUGCCAGGCACCUUCAAAAUCAACUAAACCUUGAAAAUUCUCAGGUUGACCUUUAG